AUAAGGGCAAGUGUACGACCAAUCUGCUUGACGAUUCACAAGGGGCUAGCAGUGGAAAAAACACGGCUGCAAUGCAGCUUGAGAAAGUGGUCAGCCAUUGGCAUUCUGUGUUUGCAUUUCAGACUUCAUUCAGCCUGCUUCCCUGGAACCUUAUUGAAUUUUACCCUCAUUUGAAAACAGGAUUCAUGAAAAAUGUAUUACUUGGGGGCCUUCUCUCUUCUAAGCAUCAUGAUUCCUUUGACAAGUGGGAAACCCAUGGAAGACCGGGACAGGUUACUUACAACCCCAAACUCUCACGAAUACUCUGGUGACAUUGGGAGCGUGGCGGGAGAAGCCCAAUUUGACUUUAAAUCUUUUCUGGAGACUUUGAAAGCUGAUUUCCUGAGGAACUUGAACUUGUCAGAAGUACCUUCAGAAGAGAAGAUGAAAGAGGAACCACCCCAAUUCAUGAUUGAUUUGUAUAAUAUAUAUAGCAAGGACAAGUCUACCAGCCCCAUAUCCAAUAUUGUGCGCAGCUUCAGUCCUGAAGAUAUUACUUCUCUUUCUCCUCUGGAAAUGAAUCAAUUUCAGAAAUAUAUUUUGCUGUUCAAUGUCUCCAUCCCAUGGCAUGAAGAUGUCACCAGAGCCGAAUUCAGAAUCCACACUGACUGUCAAAAGGCAACAAAGAGUUUGGCUAACUUUAAAGGAAAUAUAGCUGUGUAUGAUGUCCUUGAAGGAAACAACUGGGAGAAACCAAAUAAUGUCAAAUCCAUUCUAGUCUCCAAAGAAAUCCAAGAAUGUGGUUGGACGAUGUUUGAUGUGUCUAACACUGUGAAAAGAUGGACCAAGGCAGACAAAACAAUGAAUACCAAUCAGUUGGAGAUUAUUAUAGAGAGUGAUGUUCAAAGUGAUCUUACAUGUGGGAAUGUACAUAUCAGUGUAACACCGAACUCUAACCAUUUACCCUUGCUGAUAGUGUUUUCUAAUGAUCCCAAUAACAGAAUCAAGGAGAACUAUAAGGAACUUCAAGAAAUGAUAGUGCAUGAACAGGAAAGCAUGCUUAAGAAUUUGGUAAAGAAUGACACUGCCCAUAAAGAGAAUGCUAAUGGAAUCCAUCAUCUUCUGUCCAGAGGGAAACGAAGUGUGGAACACAAUCACUGCAGGAGAACCUCUCUCCGAGUAAAUUUCAAAGAAAUUGGCUGGAAUUGGAUAAUUGCUCCUCAAGAUUAUGAUGCAUUUGAAUGCAAAGGAGGUUGCUUCUUUCCUUUGACGGACAAUGUCACACCAACCAAACAUGCGAUUGUCCAGACCUUGGUGCACUACAAAAAUCCCAAGAAAGCUUCUAAAGCCUGUUGCGUCCCAACGAAGCUUGAUGCAAUUUCCAUGCUUUACAAAGAUAAUGCUGGGACUCCCACGCUGAAAUAUCAAUAUGAGGGGAUGAAAGUGGCAGAAUGUGGCUGUAGGUAGAGAGCAUCAGGGACCGCUCCGUAACUUAAAUAUGAAAUCAUGCAUGCAGAAAUUUUCCUGUGGACUUUGCCUAGGAUGUUACUUGUUUGUAAAUAAAUGUCUGAUUAUAAAGGGUGCUGGAUUGCAGCUUCAAUUCCUAUUGGUCUCUCUCUUUUCUCUUCCCCAUCCUACCUCCCUCCCUCCCCCACUACUUAGAUGUAUACUAAUAUAUAUACUCAGUGCUGCUGGGUUUGCAUUUUGUUUGUGGCCCUUUCUCUUCUUCCUUUCUUUUCCUCAUACACCUUGUCGCACUCUUUUAUUUCUUGCUUUUCUUCUUCCUUUGCUUUCCUCAUACAUCUUUCUCUCCUUCCUUCCUUCCUUCCUUCCUUCCUUCCUUCCUUCCUUCCUUCCUUCCUUCCUUCCUUCCUUCCUUCCUUCCUUCCUUCCCUCCCUCCCUCCCUUCUUCCUUCCUUCCUUCCUUCCUUCCCUCCCUCCCUCCCUCCCUCCCUCCCUCCUUCCUUCCUUCCUUCCUUCCUUCCUUCCUUCCUUCCUUCCUUCCUUCCUUCCUUCCUUCUCUCCUUCCUUCCCUCCCUCCUUCCUUCCUUCCUUCUUUCUCUCCUUCCUUCCUUCCUUCCUUCCUUCCUUCCUUCCUUCCUUCCUUCCUUCCUUCCUUCCUUCCCUCCCUCCCUCCCUCCCUCCUUCCUUCCCUCCCUCCCUCUCUCCCUUCCUUCCUUCCUUCUCUCCUUCCCUCCCUCCCUUCUUCCUUCCUUCCUUCCUUCCUUCCCUCCCUCCCUCCCUCCCUCCCUCCUUCCUUCCUUCCCUCCCUCCCUCCCUCCCUCCCUCCUUCCUUCCUUCCUUCCUUCCUUCCUUCCUUCCUUCCUUCCUUCCUUCCUUCC